AUGGCAUCACGCCACUGCAGCGGAUGGGGAUCAGUUUUAUUUCUAUCCAUGCUCUCGAUGGUGUCAGCAGCAUUGGUGGAGAGCAAUCGCUUACAGAUUGCUCAUGCCGAAGGUUUGGUGCACGGUGAGGUCGCUGUUCCGAUGAGCAUCCUGUGGCAAGGACCCCAGUACUUUCUGAUAGGUGCCGGCGAGGUGUUCUCCAUUGGGUUGCAAGAGUUCUUUUACGAGGAAUCACCAGACGCCAUGAGAAGCAUUUGUCUGGCAUUCUCAUUUGCUAACGAUUCAGCUGGAUAUUACCUGAGCUCAUUCAUUGUUUCUCUUGUGCCUGUGUUCACCGCCAGAGGAGGCGGCAGUCCAGGAUGGAUCCCUGAUAACUUGAACGAAGGGCACUUGGAUCGGUUUUACUGGAUGAUGGCUGGGCUCAGUUUCCUCAAUCUGCUAGCCUUUAUCUUCUGUGCAAUGAGGUACAAGAGUAAAAAGUUUUCCUGA